AUCUGAAGAGGCCUCACUACGGGCUUUGGAGAGUCUAAUGACAGAGUUUUUCCACAAUUGCACAACAAAUGAACGGAAACGUGAAAUAGAGGAGCUUUUGAAUAACUUUGCCCAGCAGAUAGGAGCCUGGAGAUUCUGCCUCUAUUUCCUGUCAAGUACAAGGAACGACUACGUAAUGAUGUACAGUUUGACUGUGUUUGAGAACCUAAUCAAUAAGAUGUGGCUUGGGGUGCCAUCUCAAGACAAAAUGGAGAUCCGCAGCUGCCUGCCCAAGCUUCUUCUAGCUCACCACAAAACUCUGCCUUACUUCAUCAGGAACAAACUCUGCAAAGUGAUUGUGGAUAUUGGCCGACAAGACUGGCCAAUGUUCUACCAUGACUUCUUCACUAACAUUCUGCAGUUAAUUCAGUCUCCUGUGACCACUCCUCUGGGACUGAUCAUGCUGAAAACUACUUCAGAAGAACUGGCGUGUCCGCGCGAGGACCUUAGCGUAGCCCGGAAGGAAGAGUUAAGGAAGCUGCUCCUGGACCAGGUGCAAACAGUACUUGGGCUCCUCACAGGUAUUUUGGAGAGCAUCUGGGACAAACACAGUGUUACUGCUGCCACUCCGCCACCAUCCCCAACUUCAGGAGAAAGUGGUGACCUGUUAAGUAGCCUGUUGCAGAGUCCCAGUGCAGCCAAAUUAUUGAACCAGCCAAUCCCUAUCCUUGAUACAGAGAGUGAAUAUAUAUGUUCCCUGGCACUGGAGUGCCUGGCACACCUCUUCAGCUGGAUCCCUUUGUCCACUAGCAUCACCCCUUCGCUCCUCACCACCAUUUUCCACUUUGCUCGCUUUGGCUGUGACACUCGGGUUAGGAAGAUGUCUUCUGUCAAUGGCAGCAGCCAGAACUCAGUACUGGGACAGGAGCGUGGCCGACUUGGCGUCUUGGCUAUGUCUUGCAUCAAUGAACUGAUGUCUAAGAACUGCGUGCCUAUGGAGUUUGAGGAGUAUUUGCUACGGAUGUUCCAACAGACCUUCUACCUCCUCCAGAAGAUAACCAAGGAGAAUAAUGCCCAUACAGUGAAGAGCCGGCUAGAGGAACUGGAUGAAAGCUACAUUGAGAAGUUUACAGACUUUCUCCGUCUCUUUGUGAGCGUCCACCUACGAAGAAUUGAAUCCUACUCCCAGUUCCCUGUGGUUGAAUUUCUGGCGCUGCUGUUCAAAUACACUUUUCAUCAGCCUACCCAUGAAGGUUACUUUUCUUGCUUAGACAUCUGGACGCUCUUCUUGGACUAUCUGACUAGCAAAAUUAAAAGUCGUCUGGCAGACAAAGAAGCAGUACUCAACAGGUACGAAGACGCCUUGGUUCUGUUGCUGACAGAGGUGUUGAAUCGAAUCCAGUUCAGGUAUAACCAGGCACAGUUGGAGGAGCUGGAUGACGAGACGCUGGAUGAUGAUCAGCAGACUGAGUGGCAGCGGUACUUGCGCCAGAGCUUGGAGGUGGUUGCAAAAGUCAUGGAGCUCUUGCCAACUCAUGCCUUCUCUACACUAUUUCCAGUUCUGCAGGAUAACUUGGAAGUGUACCUGGGACUCCAGCAGUUUGUGGUCACUUCAGGGACAGGUCAUAGGCUAAAUAUCACUGCAGAGAAUGAUUGUCGGCGUUUGCACUGCUCCUUAAGAGACCUGAGCUCCUUGCUGCAGGCUGUUGGGCGUUUAGCAGAAUACUUCAUUGGAGAUGUGUUUGCUGCCAGGUUCAAUGAUGCUCUUACAGUGGUGGAGAGGUUGGUAAAAGUAACGCUAUAUGGGUCCCAGAUUAAACUGUACAACAUCGAAACUGCAGUACCAUCUGUAUUGAAACCUGACCUUAUUGAUGUCCACGCUCAGUCCCUGGCAGCGUUGCAGGCCUACUCGCACUGGCUAGCGCAGUUCUACAGUGAAGUUCACCGGCAGAACCCGGAGCAGUUCAUCUCUCUCGUCUCCACUGCCCUGGAGGCAAUUACACCCCUCAUCAGCUCUAAGGUGCAAGAGAAGUUGCUGUUAUCUGCGUGCCACUUGCUAGUCUCUUUAGCCACCACAGUACGACCAGUGUUCUUGAUCAGCAUCCCAGCAGUGCAGAAGGUGUUCAACAGGAUCACAGACACUUCUGCUCAGCGGCUUCCUGAUAAGGCCCAGGUGUUGGUGUGCAGAGCACUGUCAAACGUAUUGUUGCUGCCCUGGCCAAAUCUUCCAGAGAGCGAACAGCAAUGGGCAGUUCGCUCCACCAACCAUGCCAGUCUAAUCUCUGCCCUCACAAGAGAAUAUCGCCAAUUAAAAUCCAAUGCCAUCUUGCCACAGAGGAAAGUGCAACUGGAAGACACCAAAGUGAUCAUCCACCAGACGCUCAGCGUUUUAGAAGAUAUUGUAGAGAGUAUCUCUGGAGAAUCCACCAAGUCCCGACAGAUCUGUUAUCAGUCGCUGCAAGAAUCCGUGCAGGUCUCACUAGCCCUCUUCCCAGCUUUCAUUCAUCAGUCAGAUGUGACAGAUGAGAUGCUGAGCUUCUUCCUCACUCUGUUUCAAGGACUGAGGGUGCAGAUGGGAGUGCCUUUCACUGAGCAGAUCAUACAGACCUUUCUAAACAUGUUCACCAGGGAGCAGUUGGCAGAGAGCAUCCUCCAUGAGGGCAGCACUGGCUGUCGGGUGGUGGAGAAGUUUCUCAAAAUACUGCAAGUUGUGGUACAAGAGCCAGGCCAAGUAUUCAAGCCUUUUCUACCCAGCGUCAUCUCACUGUGCAUGGAGCAGGUCUACCCCAUCAUUGCAGAGCGCUCAUCUCCUGAUGUGAAAGCAGAGUUGUUUGAGCUGCUUUUCCGGAUUCUCCAUCAUAACUGGCGGUACUUUUUCAAAUCUAGUGUUUUGGCCAGUGUCCAAAGAGGAAUAGCAGAAGAGCAGAUGGAGAAUGAAGCACAGUUCAGUGCCAUCAUGCAGGCGUUCGGCCAGUCCUUCCUGCAGCCUGACAUUCACCUAUUCAAGCAAAAUCUCUUCUACCUGGAGACGCUGAACACCAAGCAGAAGCUGUACCACAAGAAGAUCUUCCGGACGACCAUGCUGUUCCAGUUUGUGAAUGUGCUACUUCAGGUGCUUGUCCACAAGUCACAUGACCUGUUGCAGGAGGAGAUUGGCAUUGCCACCUACAAUAUGGCAUCAGUGGACUUUGAUGGCUUCUACUCAGCCUUUCUCCCCGAGUUCCUGGCCAGUUGUGACGGUGUGGACUCUAACCAGAAAAACGUGCUGGGAAGGAAUUUCAAAAUGGACAGGGAUCUGCCGUCAUUUACCCAGAACGUGCACAGGCUGGUGAAUGACCUGCGUUACUACAGACUCUGCAAUGACAGUUUGCCCCCUGGAACUGUGAAACUAUAGUUACUGCACUGGACUCGUGUUUUGAUCACUGUAAGGAAUGGAUCCAUAUUUCUUUUGCCACCACAUUCUCUCCUCCCUGAUUUUGUCAGUACUGCAGGACGCAGCGUCUUGCACAUGGGCACAUGUUAUUGGAUUCACGCACCACGCUUCCUUUUUCUUCUCUCCCAACCCAAAGGCCCCCAGUUGGAGUCAGCACUGUCUGCAGGAUGUGUCUUAAUGCCCAACCACAGGGCAAUUCAACUGUAUGGAAAGUCCUCUCACUGGGGUUUUGUUUUACUAACGUAGCACUUUGUUGCCUCCAGAGAUUACUGUGGAGUUGUCUCGAGAGAUCUUGUGCGUAUCAAUCAUGAGGCAGAAGCGCCAAAGACUACUUCAGACAUUCGUACCUUCGUGUCAUUCCACCCUUCUGCCCCUGCCCUGCUCUCAGAGGAGGAGACUCAUGAUGUUGGGACUGUUUUGGCACUUCUGUCACUCCCUUUGUUUUUAAAUUGCCUUGAAAACCUCCCUGCUGUUUGUGGGGAUUAGAGACUUUUUUUUUUAAAACGUUUUCUCAUCAUUCCAUUGUGAUACUAAAACAACAUGCUUAAUGGAAAUAAAGUGCUUACUUUGUUGUUUU